AUGGCAUCUUCUCACCACCAGCAUCAAUGCAAGCAAACUCCCACUUUGCCCCCUGACCUCUGCAAGACGGCACCGUGCCCACCAGAGCAGCAAUGCAAGCAACCCCCGGUUGUGGAUGUGCCAAUUCCACAUGUGCCAGAGCCUAAGCCGUGUCCUUCAAAGGAGCCUCCAUCCAAGGAGCCACCAGUGAUAGUUAUCCCAUGUCCAGAGCCUAAGCCAUGUCCUCCAAAGGAGCCUCCAUCCAAGGAGCCACCAGUGGUGGUCAUCCCAUGUCCAGAGCCUAAGCCGUGUCCUCCAAAGGAACCUCCAUGCAAGGAGCCACCAGCUCCCACUCCUCCACAGGAGGAACAAUGUUGUCAACAGACAUCUCAAUGCAAGAAGCCACCAGUCAUCCCAAGUCCAUGCCCGGAGCCCAAACCACCACAAGAACCUCCAUGCAAGGAGCCACCAGUCGUGGUCAUCCCAACUCCAUGCCCAGAACCCAAACCGUGUCCUCCACAAGAGCCUCCACGUAAGGAGCCACCGGCACCAGCUCCAUGUCCUCCUAAAGAACCAGAACCGUGUCCUCCAAAGGAGCCAACUCCAGAUUGUCAACAGAAGACUCAAUGCAAGCAGCCUCCAGUGGUGGUCGUCCCAUCUCCUUGCCCAGAACCCAAACCGUGUCCUCCAAAAGAACCUCCAUCCAAGGAGCCACCAGUCGUGGUCAUCCCGACUCCCUGCCCAAAACCCAAACCGUGUCCUCCACAAGAACCUCCGUGCAAGGAGCCACCAGUCGUGGUCAUCCCAACUCCGUGCCCAGAACCCAAACCGUGUCCUCCACAAGAACCUCCGUGCAAGGAGCCACCUCCCUGUGACCAGCAGCAACAGAAGAAGCAGCCAUCUUCAUGGCCCCCGCAGAAUAAAUGA